AUGUCUCGCGGUACGAAAGUAAAUCUCAACACGGGUGCUGCAAUCCCGACUUUGGGCUACGGCACCUGGCAAUCUGCACCUGGAGAGGUCUCGGUUGGCGUAUAUGAGGCUCUCAAAGCCGGGUACCGCCAUCUUGAUCUAGCAAAGGUCUACGGGAACCAGCCUGAAGUCGCCCAAGGCCUGAAGAAGGCUCUUGCAGAGAUCCCGGGCCUGAAGCGAGAAGAUAUUUUUAUCACGUCUAAGUUAUGGAACAACUCCCAUCGCCCUGAAUAUGUCGAAGAGGCGCUCGACCAGACCCUGAAGGAGUUGGAUCUAGACUAUCUCGAUCUGUAUCUCAUCCACUGGCCCGUGGCUUUUGAAAGACGCUCCGCCAAUGAGCUCUUCCCUCUGACCGCAAAGGACAGUGACGAAACUGUUCUUGACGACGGAGUUUCUAUCGUCGACACGUGGAAAGCCGUGGUGAAGCUGCCCAAGAGCAAAGUCCGUGCCGUCGGCGUUUCAAACUUCACCCCCGAGCACCUACAAGCCGUCAUUGAUGCUACCGGCGUUGUCCCGGCCGUCAACCAAAUCGAGAGGCAUCCACUGUUGCAGCAGAACGACACUUUGAUCAAAUACGCCAAGGAGAAGAACAUCCACAUCACAGCAUACUCGGCCUUUGGCAACAAUACCAUCGGGGUCCCGCUCCUCAUCGAGCAUCCGGUCGUAAAGGACGUCGCGGACAAGAUUGGAGCUACGCCCGCGCAAGUACUCCUUGCCUGGGCCCAAGUCGGUGGACAUUCAGUCAUUCCCAAGUCUGUCACCCCAAGCCGAAUCAAAUCCAACUUCCAAGAAGUCACGCUGGGCGAGGACGACGUCGCUGCCGUCAACAAGAUUGGCGAAACUCCACGGCGCUACAACAUUCCAAUGACAUACCAUCCCAGGUGGAAUGUCAACAUCUGGAAUGAAGAGCCAGAACAAAACGCCCGACGUGGUGUGAUUCUGGGAUAA